AUGAUCGUUUAUCCUCCACAGACACAGAUGUGUUGAUGCAUGCAGUAAAAGCAGAGUAGAAACAAACCUGUAAUUUACGCACGUCUACAACUUUCGGUCAGUGUUACCACGGUGACAGGCGAGCUGGAGGGUAGGAAGUUGUCAUCUGAGGCAGAUAUGACUCUGCUGGACUGUGCAGGAGCCAGAAUCUCUGGCUGCUGGUCCCUGAGAUCUGACCGCAGUGGGAGUGGGGAGGACUCGUUGGACCGGCUCCUGCCCCCCGCUGGGGCCCCUCGCAGGAAGAGCACUACCUCACUGAGUAAAACUGAGCCUCCUCUGCUCCGCACGGGCACACGCACCAUCUACACCGCCGGCAGGCCGCCCUGGUAUGACGAGCACGGAGCGCAGUCAAAAGAGGCCUUUGUCAUUGGGUUGUGUGGGGGCAGCGCCUCAGGGAAGACCACCGUGGCCAAUAAGAUUAUUGAGGCUCUGGAUGUGCCGUGGGUUGUGCUGUUGUCUAUGGAUUCUUUCUACAAGGUUUUAACCCCAGAGGAACAGACUUUAGCAGCAAGUAACGACUACAACUUUGAUCAUCCGGGGGCGUUUGACUUUGAGCUGCUGGUUGCCACCCUGCGAAAGCUGAAGCAGGGCAAGAGUGUGAAGAUCCCGGUGUAUGAUUUCACCACACACAGACGACAGAAAGACUGGAAAAAUGUGUACGGUGCCAGUGUAAUCAUAUUUGAGGGAAUUAUGUCUUUUGCGGACAAAGAGCUUCUUCAGCUCCUGGAUAUGAAAAUCUUUGUGGACACAGACUCAGACAUUCGGCUGGUCCGCCGGCUGCGCAGGGACAUCACAGAGCGCGGACGAGACAUUGAAGGCGUCAUCAAGCAAUACAACAAGUUUGUGAAGCCGGCCUUUGAGCAGUACAUUGAGCCGACCAUGAGGCUGGCUGAUAUUGUUGUGCCGAGAGGUGGUGGGAAUAUGGUGGCCAUUGAUCUGAUAGUGCAGCAUGUUCACAGCCAGCUGGAGGAGCGUGAGCUCAGUGUCAGGGCACUCCUGGCCUCCGCUCAGCAGACUCAGCCGCUGCCUCAGACGCUGAGCGUGUUAGAGAGCACGCCGCAGGUCAAAGGCCUGCACACCAUCAUCAGGAAUAAAGAAACCAGUCGAGAUGAGUUUAUCUUCUAUUCAAAGAGAUUAAUGCGGCUCCUCAUAGAACAUGCACUAACGUUUCUACCGUCUCAGUCGUGUGUAGUUCAGACUCCACAGGGCCAUGAGUACGAGGGCCGCAGUUACAACGGCAAAGGGAUCACCGGUGUGUCGGUCCUGCGGGCGGGAGAGACCAUGGAGCCCGCCCUGAGGGCCGUGUGCAAGGACGUCCGCAUCGGCAAGAUCCUCAUCCAGACCAACCUUGACUCAGGUGAACCGGAGCUGCAUUACCUGCGUCUGCCCAAAGACAUCAGCGAAGAUCAUGUCAUCCUAAUGGACAGCACAGUCUCCACCGGCGCUGCUGCCAUGAUGGCAGUGCGAGUCCUGUUGGAUCAUGAGGUGCAGGAAGAAAAGAUUGUGUUGGUGUCGCUGUUGAUGGCGGAGCUCGGGGUGCACUCUGUGGCCUACGCCUUCCCGAAAGUCAAAAUCAUCACCACGGCUGUGGACAAGAGUCUGGAUGAUUUGUUACAUGUAAUUCCUGGUAUCGGGGACUUUGGGGACCGGUACUUUGGGACAGACGGGUCCGACAGCUGGAGUGAUGACGACCAGGACCAGCCGUCAUACUGACACACACAUCUGUGAGCCACUGUGAAAGAAAAUACAAACACUACUUGAAAACUCUCGUUAUUGUGCAUCCUCCUCUUCAGACACAGACCAGCAAAAAACAUAAAAAUCACUUUGUGUACUUUACAUGAACUUUUGUACUCUUAUACAACACAUGACUGUUGGUCAGGUUGUAUGCAGGUAGGAUAUUCUGUUGUAUUUACAUCUGAGUGUUCAUAAUUUUCAUAUGGAUGGGUGACAGAGCUGAAACGGUGCCAUUACUUUUAAGGUACAACAAUGCAAUAACAGUGUUAUUAUAUACUAAAUGAUUUUAUCCAGGAUUGCACCAGCUGUUCAUGAAUCCGCUCACAGUAAUUUCUAAGUAGUUUCAAACUAAAUUGGGUUUCACCAUUAUACCUUAACUACUAAGGACUUUAUAUGUAAAUCGGUUGCUCACUAGCAUCUGUAACAUUGUGCAAUGUAAACAGAAAGUCACUUAAAGCUGUAAUACACUUUACCAAACAAGAGUUUACAGCUAUGCCACUGGCUCUCUGAAGCUUUGAGCUAAACGCUAACACCAACAUGCUAACGUGCUCACAAUGACAGUGCUAAUGUGCUGAUAUUUAGCAGCUAAUGUUUACUACUGGUAUGUUCAUCCUUAGUUUAACAUUAGCAGGCCAACAACUGUGUGAAAUAUGUGUUUAAGAGUUAGUAGCCUAAGCUAUUCAUGCAGUUUAGAAUUAGCUGAGUGGGACAUAUCCAUUUAAGCUAACCCAACUGACUGUGUAAUCUACAUUUUAAGUGUGCUGUGGGUAAUUUUGUGAAAAGUAAUUUUAAAUCUUCAGUUUGCAUCAUUUCUAAACAACAGAUUAUUCAUCAAGUGUCAUGUAAGACAUGUCGACCAAACCAUCAACUCUUUACUCUUUAUAUAAACUGCUCAUAUUAGCAAGCUAACGUUACCUUUGUGAGUUGGUUUAGUUAGCUCUGCGACAAUUUCACCAGGCAGUUAGCACCCAACUGACUUAAGUGUAAUUUCCAUUUUGAAAUGUAGUAAUUAAAAUCCUCCGUUUACAUCAUUAUUAAACAGCAUUUUAAUGUCAGGUCUAACGUAUAAACCACAAACCAUUACCUUUUUACUCUUUAUCUAAACAGCUCAUAUUAGCAAGCUAACGUUAGCUUUGUCAGUUGGUUCAUUUAGCUCUGCUACAGUUACACCUGGCAGUUAGCAGUAGUCAACGUCCGAUUAUGCUAACCCAACUGCCAUAAUCAUAUUUUGAGCUGUACUCAGGGUAAUUUUGGGAAAAGUAAAUUAAAAUCUUCAGUUUUCAUCAUUAUCAGGCAGUAUUUUAAGUGUUAGGUGAGACGUUUGGACUAAACACCAUUAACUAUUUAAGCUUUAUCUAACUGGCUCAUAUUAGCAAGCUAACAGUAGCGUUCACAGUUAUCUCAGUUAUAUCUGCUACAGUUUUACCUGGCAGUUAGCAGUAGGAAAUGUCUGAUUAUGCUAACCCAACUGGCUUUAGUGUAAUCUUCAUUUUGAGCUGUACUGUGAGUAGUUUACAUCAGCAGUAAUGUCAGGUCUGAUGUGUCGACCAAUAAAAUGAACUUUUCACUCUUUAUUUAAACGACUCAUAUUAGCAAGCUAACAUUAGCUUUUUCAGUUGGUUCAGUUAGCUCUGCUAUAGUUUCACCCAUAGGUUUCACCUGGCAGUGAGCAGGUGUGAGUAUCCAAUUAUGCUAACCCAACUGACUCUAGUGUAAUCUACAUUUUGAACUGUACUGUGGGUAAUUUAGCGGGAACUGCCCAUUGGUCCGACAGCCCAUUAUUCCGACAGCCCAUUGGUCCGACAUCCCAUUGUUCCGAUCAUA